UUGGCUUAUUCCAUUGUCCAAUAGGAAGAAGCGUUACUGGUUGGUCGCUCGGUUAGUGUUGUCAUCGACGCGGCACGUGUGAACGAGCUGAAGAAAAUAGUUACGAAAUGUUGCGGCGUGAGGUUCGUCUCAGGAAGGAGUACCUGUACAGGAAGGCCCAGGAGGACAGACUGCGCUCCAUAGAGGAGAAGAAACAGAAACUCAAAUCUGCAUUAGAUGAUAAUCGUCUGAUACCUACCGAGAUCCGCAAACAGGCCUUGGAUCUGCAGAAGCAACUGGAGUUUGACGACGAGGGCGGAGAUGGCGUCAGCUCGCAUAUGGACGACGAGUACAAGUGGGCCGGAGUGGAAGACCCGAAAAUCAUGGUGACGACUUCCAGAGACCCGAGCUCCAGACUCAAAAUGUUUGCCAAGGAAGUGAAGCUGAUAUUCCCAGGGGCCCAGCGCAUGAACAGAGGAAACCAUGAAGUUGACACGCUAGUGCAUGCAUGCAAGGCCAAUAACGUGACGGAUCUGGUGAUAAUACAUGAGACCAGAGGACAGCCGGACGGAUUGAUCGUGUGCCACUUGCCUUUCGGACCGACGGCGUAUUUCACUCUGUACAACGUGGUGAUGAGACACGACGUCCCAGACAUCGGCACCAUGUCCGAGGCCUUCCCUCACCUCAUCUUUCACAACUUCAGCUCUCGCCUCGGCAGACGCGUUUCCAACAUCCUCAAAUACCUGUUUCCUGUUCCCAAAGAGGACAGCAGACGUGUUAUUACAUUUGCCAAUCAAGAUGAUUUCAUCUCUUUCAGGCACCACGUUUACAAGAAAACGGACCACAAGAACGUGGAGUUGACUGAAGUUGGACCCCGGUUUGAAAUGAAACUGUACAUGAUCAAGCUGGGCACUCUGGAGAACGAGGGCACGGCGGAUGUGGAGUGGCGUCAUCACUCCUACACGCGCACGGCCAGAAAGAGGAAGGUGUUAAGUGUGGAGUAAACACGCGUCAUUCUGGAUGUUGCAAAAAGGACUCCUUUUUGUGGGUUUAUCGCUCUGCUUUUCACUGAAUUCUCAGUGAGAUCUGCGUGUACAGGGAAGAGUGUAUGGAUUUUGGGGUUGUUUUUUUUUUUAUUACAGAAGAUAAGACGUUUAUUGCUUUGUGAUGACAGAAUGUAAACAGAUAUGUACAGACUUUCAGAUGAUCUCUCAUUGAAACGAUUUAUAAUUUUCCAUCGCAGGACCUGUAUGGAGUGUAAGAUACUCAAUACUUCAGUAUUUAUUCAUGUCUUUGAGGUUCCUGUAAAUAUUUGAUGGCAUACACAGAGGUGACCAAGGUGUGGCACAAACGAGGGCUUUGUAGCAGUCAUGCUGAGCGAUUGAGUCCCUUAAAUAAGGAAUUAAACUUUUUUUUUAAUAUGAAAGUUGAUUAUUUUCCAACAACUGCACAUAUCUCAGUCAGUCAGUCAGUCUCUCUCUCUCUCUCUCUCUCUCUCUCUCUCUCUCUCUCUCUCUCUCAAUGUCUCCUUCUCUCUCUCUCUCUCUCUCUCUCUCUCUCUCUCUCUCUCUCUCUCUCUCUCUCUCUCUCUCUCAAUGUCUCCUUCUCUCUCUCUCUCUCUCUCAAUGUCUCCUUCUCUCUCUCUCUCUCUCUCAAUGUCUCCUUCUCUCUCUCUCUCUCUCUCUCUCUCUCUCAAUGUCUCCUUCUCUCUCUCUCUCAAUGUCUCUCUCUCUCUCUCUCUCUCUCUCUCAAUGUCUCCUUCUCUCUCUCUCAAUGUCUCCUCUCUCUCUCUCUCUCAAUGUCUCCUUCUCUCUCUCUCUCUCUCUCUCUCUCUCAAUGUCUCCUUCUCUCUCUCUCUCUCUCUCUCUCUCUCAAUGUCUCCUUCUCUCUCUCUCUCUCUCUCUCUCUCUCAAUGUCUCCUCCUCUCUCUCUCUCUCUCUCUCUCUCUCUCUCUCUCAAUGUCUCUCUCUCUCUCUCUCUCUCUCAAUGUCUCCUUCUCUCUCUCUCAAUGUCUCCUCUCUCUCUCUCUCUCUCUCUCUCUCAAUGUCUCCUCUCUCUCUCUCUCUCUCUCUCAAUGUCUCCUCUCUCUCUCUCUCUCUCUCUCUCAAUGUCUCCUUCUCUCUCUCUCUCUCUCUCUCUCUCUCUCAAUGUCUCCUUCUCUCUCUCUCUCUCUCUCAAUGUCUCCUUCUCUCUCUCUCUCUCUCUCUCUCUCUCUCUCUCUCUCAAUGUCUCCUUCUCUCUCUCUCUCUCAAUGUCUCCUCUCUCUCUCUCUCUCUCUCUCUCUCUCUCUCUCUCUCUCUCUCUCUCUCAAUGUCUCCUUCUCUCUCUCUCAAUGUCUCCUUCUCUCUCUCUCCCUCUCUCUCUCUUUCUCUCUCUCAAUGUCUCCUUCUCUCUCUCUCUCUCUCUCUCUCUCUCAAUGUCUCCUUCUCUCUCAAUGUCUCCUUCUCUCUCUCUCUCUGUCUCCCUCUCUCAAUGUCUCCCUCCUUUUCCCUCAGUGAGUUCAAUUUAUAAAACUACAAACACAGUUUGUAAUUUCACAGACAAACCAGAAAGCACAAAGUCUUCCAUUUUGAAGACUUUUCCAUUUUGGAAACCUUUCUGACUGUUACACAGCACUGGAACUGGAGACUCCUUCCAUAAAUUUUAAAACAUCAUCUUGCCGAAAACACAACUACCAUCGAUUAAAACCAACAGAUUCUGACCAAUUACAAUCCAGAACUCAACAGCACGGUGUUCUAAAUCUCCUAAAAUACUAAACUGUUUUGUGAAAUCAGUUUCAUUCCGAUCGCUUCAUAUCGGUCUCUUUGAACACGAUGCGUCUCUGAUCUGCGCUACAAUAAAAAUACAAUGUGUGAAAGUUUUUUCUUAGUUUUCUUACCAAGAACCUAUCCCUUUUACACUUUGUAUCAGCGAUUAAAAAAUAAAUAUUUUAUUUAUUAAUAAAUAAUAAUAAACAUUCCAACUCCUCA